CCCCAACUCUUCAAACAUACUCAGCCAUCGCUCAUCCCUUUCUAACUCACAUUUUUUCCAUCUCCAUUUUUUAACCAAGUUAUCCACAAUGGUGGAUACAAGGCCAUUCCUUCCGGUUUCUAGCCAUGCCGGCUCCGAUCCAACGGGGCCUUCGGAAAAUCGCCGGAAACCCAUGAAAUUGCAGCUUUCAAUCUUUUUUGUGUUGUUGACGGUCGGAUUUUUUGCGGCUUUGUUGACUAGUAACAAUGGAUCAGAUAAUGGUUUCGUCAAAGAAAACGAACAUGGCUCAUUGGCUUCGCCCUCCUCCGAGAAACAGUUGCGGCCGGUGUCACGUGGACCGGCUGUCGGAGUGUCAGAGAAAUCGAACAGGCUUUUUGCCAAAGAUAACGAGAAUCAGCUGGCGUAUCCAUGGAAUAAUAGCAUGCUGUCAUGGCAAAGAACAGCUUUUCACUUUCAACCUGAAAAGAAUUGGAUGAAUGAUCCUAAUGGUCCAUUGUUCUACAAGGGAUGGUAUCAUUUCUUCUACCAGUACAAUCCCCAUGCUGCUGUGUGGGGUGACAUAGUUUGGGGUCAUGCGGUAUCCAAGGACUUGAUCCAUUGGCUUCACCUCCCACUGGCAAUGGUUGCUGACCAGUGGUACGAUAAAAAUGGCGUCUGGACCGGUUCCGCCACGAUCCUCCCUGACGGCAAAGUUGUUAUGCUAUAUACAGGAUCCACCACCGAGAAUGUUCAAGUUCAAAACCUUGCUUAUCCUGCUGACCACUCUGACCCUCUUCUUAUCAAUUGGGUCAAGUAUUCUGGGAACCCUGUUUUAGUUCCUCCCCCGGGCAUCCUUGACAAGGAUUUCCGCGACCCUACUACCGCCUGGUUGACCUCCGAAGGGAAAUGGCGCAUUACCAUAGGGUCCAAGAUCAAUAAAACCGGCAUAGCUUUGGUGUAUGAUACUAAGGACUUCAUAUACUAUGAGUUGUUAGAUGGGGUACUUCAUGCUGUGCCCGGAACUGGCAUGUGGGAGUGUGUGGACUUCUUCCCUGUUUCAAAAACGGAGGAAAAUGGCUUGGACACUUCGGUUAAUGGACCGAGUGUGAAGCAUGUGGUGAAGGCCAGCCUGGAUGAUGACAGACAUGAUUACUAUUCUAUUGGGACUUAUCAUGAGAAGAAUGGUACAUGGAUUCCUGAUGAACCUAAGAUUGAUGUUGGCAUUGGACUAAGGUAUGAUUAUGGUAUAUACUAUGCUGCCAAGACUUUCUACGAUCAGAACAAAAACAGAAGAGUUUUGUGGGGUUGGAUUGGAGAAUCCGAUAGCGAAGCUGCUGAUAUGCAGAAAGGAUGGGCAUCUGUUCAGAGCAUCCCGAGGACGAUUUUGUUUGACAAGAAGACUGGUACUCAUUUGCUUCAGUGGCCAGUGGAAGAAAUAGAAAGUUUGAGGUUGAAGAGCUACGAAUUUAACCAGGUGAAAGUCCAGGCCGGAUCAGUUGUUCCUCUAGAUGUUGGUCCAGCCACACAGUUGGAUAUCAUAGCGGAGUUUGAGAUAGAUAAAGAGGCUUUAGAGAAAACAACAGGGUCCAACGUAACAUUCAGCUGCAGCAGCAGUGGUGGAACUAUAGAACGUGGGGCAUUGGGACCAUUUGGUCUGUUGGUGCUUGCGGAUGACAGCCUCAGUGAACAGACACCUGUAUACUUCUACAUCGCCAAAGGAUCCGAUGGCAAACUCAAGACUUUCUUCUGCAAUGAUCAAUCUCGAUCAUCUGUGGCAUCUGAUGUUAAUAAACAAAUUUAUGGGAACUUGGUUCCAGUACUGGAGGGCGAAAAAUUAUCCCUCAGAGUCUUGGUGGAUCAUUCGAUCGUUGAAAGCUUUGCUCAAGGUGGAAGGACAGUCAUCACAUCUCGGGUUUAUCCGACAAAAGCAAUCUAUGGAGCUGCUAAGCUGUUCUUAUUCAACAAUGCUACUGAGGCCAGUGUCAGUGCCUCACUUAGGAUCUGGCAAAUGAACUCUGCUUUCAUUCGACCUUAUCCAAACAAUAAGGAGUCCCAAUAGGACCCAAUAGAAGUUAAUCCAAAAGUCACCAUUGAUUAAUUAAUUAUUGUACCUCCUGCUAUUCAAAGGAAAAUGAAGUUUCUUGUUUUUUGUACUA